CCAAAGCGGAAGUUGAUGGCUUCUUUCCGGGAAUAGGAGCCUUAGGCGCAUGUGCAAGUGAAACGACGCCGCUCUCUGUCUUCGGAGGUGGCGGGCAUCGUUGGGGAGUUUCUUUUCACGUCUAACCGGAGAUCCCCCCAUCGGCCGUCGCCAUGGCGAUGCAAGCGGCGAAACGCGCCAACAUUCGUCUGCCCCCCGAAGUCAAUCGAAUCUUGUAUAUCAGAAACUUGCCGUAUAAGAUCACAGCUGAAGAAAUGUAUGACAUUUUUGGAAAAUAUGGACCUAUUCGACAAAUCAGAGUAGGAAACACUCCUGAGACUAGAGGAACAGCCUAUGUUGUCUAUGAAGAUAUUUUUGAUGCCAAAAAUGCCUGUGAUCAUCUGUCAGGAUUCAACGUGUGCAACAGAUACCUUGUUGUCUUGUACUAUAAUGCAAACAGGGCAUUCCAAAAAAUGGAUACAAAGAAGAAGGAAGAACAACUCAAACUUCUGAAGGAGAAAUACGGAAUAAACACAGAUCCACCAAAAUAAGAUUCUUGAGCUUUGUGAAGAAGUAGCUCUUUUGGACAGUGUGUUUUAAUCCCAUCUAUGUUUAUAAGCUAAAUUUACCCAAAAAGGUUUAUCUAAUUCAAAGCAUUGGUAUUGGUAUUUUUAGUUCUUAAAUAUAGUUCCAGAUUCAGAAGAACUAGUCACUGCUGUAUACUUACAAUAUCAGUUUCCAAUUGGCACUUUAAAUUUGAGUGAUGAUUGCAUUGUAUGGUAUCUGCUCAUACGUUUCGAUAGUUCAGGGGCUUAUACAUAACUUUAUGCAUCAUUAAUGUAAACAUCCAUUUUGAUCAAGGGAACAUGUACAGUAUUUUGGGGUCAAAUGUACAUAAUCUGUUAGUAAACAUUUUUUAAAGUUUGUGUUUGUUUUCUCUCAAAUGUAUCUAUGUAAUUUGCCUUUUCCAAAUGAUGUGCUGUAAUAUGAGACAUACAUCGAGUGUGUUGUGAACAAAAUAAUUUCAGGUUAAUAGAAAUGAAGUGUGGAAGUAGGAAAGGAACCUUGUUCAUCUUUACAUCCAUUUCAGUUUAAUAAUACUAUCGUCUGCAGUUGGGGUUGUGGCCUCCUAGCUGGCUCAAUACUGUUGUAUUGUUAAGAAUUCUGUUGCUGAGUGGAGCCAGGUGCAUUUAAUGCUGGCUGCAGUGGUCCAGUUCCUUGCCCUCUUCUCUGUUUGUGGCACUAUCAAGUCUAUGCCUACAAUACUGUAUCAGGGUAAGCUAGAAGUGCCUUGCUGCUCCCCGCAAUGGAGCUCAUAAACAUAAAGGAGCUGUGGAGUAGUUGGAUGUAGCAAGCCGUGGAAUCAGUUUAGUACAGUCAUUUAAAAAUAAAUAAAUUAGUGUUUCAAUUUUGCUGUUCUAAUUUUUCUAAAUAGGCAUAAUCAUUGUAGCCCAUCCCUUAAAUAUUAAGGGAUUAGUAUAUAUUAUAUAUCUCCUUUUUUGUUAAAAACAACUAGCUUUUUGAUUAUUGAAAUGUUCUUAUUUUCAGUGUGAGUGUGUGAGAGAGAGCGUGACCAUAAGUGGAGGAAAUGAUCCAUUGUUCUGCUUUCUAAAUGUAUUCAACUACUUCUCAGACUGGAUUGAUUUGUUGGGUGUUCCUGUUUGCUGCUUUUGCCCCUUUUUAAAAAUCAUUUUUGUUUAUUAAAAAAUAAAAAUAGCAUGUAUACA